AUGCAGUGCGGUAGGCCCGACGACUUUCAAGUGCGCGAGGUCGACGAGGCAGGCCAUGUUGUGGACCUCGACCCAGCGCAGUCGCCCGCCUUGCCCAUGAACGCCAUACCCGAGACGGCCAAGAAGACGAGCCGUGCGAUCGAGGUGACGGUGCCAGACUGCGGCUGGGAAGCAUUCCUCCUCCAGCGCCUUGGCGACAGCGCAUGCGCUAACGUGGCCGCGGUGGCCGCCGGCACCAUCGGCAGCUACGCGCUACCGAGCCCGGAUAACCUAGAGGACAAGGUCGCCCUCUCCAAGGCCAUCCAGUUUGUGUACCCCGCGCUGCAGUGCGACACGGUGCGUGCGUCGACAAAUGAUGCCGGCGACACGACACCCGCCUCGAUUGCGCUCUCGCUCGACCCGCUCUAUGUCAAGCUCGAAAAAGGUGGCUUGGCGGUCGACGACUGCAAGCGAAUCGUGACGUUCCUCGUCCACGGCCCGCUGGCGCCGUCUGCCGAAGCUGGUGUUCGGCUGCAGCAAGAGCUGACGAAGGAGGCGCGAACCAAGGUCCAUCGGCUUUUUGCGUCUGCGACCGCCUGUCUCGUGACCAAGACCAACGCGGCGCAGGGCAUCGACGUGUACUUUUCGCCGAAAAUGCUGCAGCGGCGCAAGCGCAAGCAGCAGUUUUAUGUGCAAUUCGUACUGCAAAAGGUCAACGUCGACCACUUUAGCGCACUCGAGGCGCUCGCCCGCGCGGCCAAGACACCGACGUCCAGCUUCACGUACGCAGGCACCAAGGACAAGCGCGCCGUCACGACCCAGCGCCUUGUCGCGCAGAGCGUCGCACCAAGUGUGCUCCUCGAUGCCCACGCAGCGCUGGCGCCAAUGGGGCUCGCCGUCGGGCACCUUGCGUACGUUGCCGCCCCCCUGACACUCGGGCAAUCUGGCGGCAACCAGUUUACCAUUCGACUGCGCAACGUCGAAGAGUCCCCGGAGGUUGUCGCCGCGGCCUUUGCGAGCGUCGCUUCGACUGGCUUUAUCAACUACUUUGGGCUUCAGCGCGUGGGCUCGCCGCUCCAAAGUGUGCGCACCCACCACGUCGGCCAAGCGCUGUUCCAGCAAGACUACGCUCACGCCUUUUCGCUUUUGUUGACGGCAUCCGAGCACGACACACCGGGUCUCGCGGCCGCCAAGACGACAUUUACAGCGUCGCGUGAUGUGAAUGCAGCGCUGCGUGCGCUGCCACCUUCGGCCGUCACCGAGCGCGCUGUCCUCAUGGGUCUCAAGCGCCAUGGGUCGGACGCGUACGAGAAGGCGGUGCUCAAUUUGCCGCAUCACCGCCGCGUCAUGUACUUGCAUGCGUUCCAGAGCCUCCUCUUUAACCUCGUCGCGUCCCACCGCGUCGCAACGUACGGCGCCAAUGUCGUCGCUGGCGACCUCGUGCUCGAUCCGGCGACCAAGAAUGUGCGCGUCGUUGCAUCGGCCGACGAUGCUACCUGCUGCGAUCUGAACAAUGUGGUGCUGCCGCUCUUUGGCAGCCACACAACGGUGCCAACGCACGCCGUGGGCGACUACUACAAGCAGGUGCUUGACGAGCACGGGAUUUCGGAGGACCAAGCGAAGCAGCUCAAGGGGGCGUACCGGCGCGUCUUUUGCGUGCCAAAGGACCUGCAUUGGACUCAAGACACGGAGGACGCCACGGUGACCGUCUCAUUCCAGCUUCCCCCCGGGUCGUUUGCAACGAUGCUGCUGCGUGAAGUGCUCAAGAACAUGGACUUUGAUGCGACCGUCGGCGGUACCGACGAUGCCACCGACUAACAUUCGAGUUCGCAUUGACAAGAGACAUAAACGCGUGUAUUUACGUCCCUUGACAAAUAUGACAACCAUGACAUGAAACGACAGGGCAUACCGAAUGACA